CCCUCGCCCUGCCAGUCCUUCCCCGACGCUCGUGCCCGAGGGUAGCCAGCCGACCUCCUGCCCGAUCGACACAGCCCACGGAUCCGGACGGGGCGAGCGAGCGGCCGUACGCAGCGGGUGUUUCGAGAGUGUGGUUCUUAGGGCGUGACGCGUGCGGGUCGUUGGUGGAGCUUGGGUUGACCGAGUGUCUUUGUGGAGCUUUCUGGGUGACUUGGUGGAGCUCUCUGGGUGGAUUGGACGCAUCUCUUUAUCGGCGACAGAGCGUUUCCGAAGAGCGAGGACUCCCAGACGCGAUCGACGGGGAAAAAGAGGGAAGGACAGAGCGAUAAGGAUGGCUUUCAGGCUGUGGCUUUCGGCUUCGGUCCUCUGCUGGCUGGGAGGAGGUGCCGCCGCUAUCAAGAUCCCUCUGGAGGAAAUCCUGAACCUGAAGAGCUACGACGGCGCCCUUCGACCCAACACGCACUCAGGUCCAACACAUAUCAACGUGACUCUCUUCAUUGACUCCAUCAGUGUUGAUGAUAAAAAGCAGGUGAUAGGCAUCUCGGGCGAACUCCUUCAGGAGUGGGUGGACCAAAACCUUCAGCUUCAGUUCCAAGGAUCAAGUUUCCUCACGUCUGUGGGGCUUUCAGGAGUUUCCGGAGCGAGCAUCGUGGGUCAGGUGUGGCGGCCGGACCUGGUGGCAGCGAAGGAGCUGGAGGCCCGAGAACCCAGCUCGAACCUCGAAUUCCUCAGGAUCAAGAACGACGGCCAUGUGGUUUGGACACAGAGAGUCCGCUACUCGUUCCCGUGUCACCUCGACCUUCAAGUCUAUCCUCUUGGCAGUCACAAGUGUGUCUUGAAAUUACAUAGCUUGGGCUACGAGUCCAACGAGCUUCAGCCUCAGUGGAAAGAAGAUACGACCAUUGACUACAGCUCUGUCGUUAUGUCUCACGGCUACAGGCUUAAGGGGGCCAAGAGAAGUGCCAAGUCAGUUGUCAUUGCCCAUAGACCUCAGAGGGAAUUGCAAAUAGAGUUCAAUAUUGAGUCGUCAGGAGGCUGGACUGUCAAACACACUGUCAUACCGCUUGUGGCCACUGUCACCUGCGCCUACCUCGCCUUCUUCAUCAACAUCAGAGGAGUCUGCGCCAGGAUGAUCACGUGCAUGAUGUCCCUUGUCACGGCUGCCAUUUUCCACGAGAGCACUUACAGGAACGUCCCUCCCUCCGCCCAAACUAUGGCGGUCGAGGUGUUCACAGGGACAUGUCUGACCUUCAUCUUCGUGGCCACCGUCGAGAGCGUUGUCGUAGACGUCCUGGCUCACCUGCCCACCAAGGGCCGCCGCUCGCCGCCCUCCUCGUCCUUUGCUCUGCAGCCUGACCUGAUGGAGGAGAGGUCGGGGCACAAGGGCCCCGUGGCCGCCCUGUGGCUGGACCGCUGCUUCCGCGUCCUCUACCCCGCCAGCUUCCUCGCCUUCAACGCCGUCUACUGGGUUCUCUACAACUAAGUUUGGCUUCCGGGGGGAGUCCCUGCAACAUCAGCUGAAACUUAACUUCGAGAGUGACUUAAGUUUAUACGUUUACGAAGAUUUAGGAGGAGAGAAAGACUGCAAAUGUGGCUAAAGGAAUAUGUC